AUCAGCAUAAUAAAACCCCUCUUUUCUCAUUAGUCUCACACACUGCCUCAAGAGUUCCGCCCCUCUCUCUCUCUCUCUCUCUCCUCGCAUCCUUGCAUUCAACUGUCUCUUCAGAAAAACCAAUUUCAAUGGCGACUAUGAAUCUAUCGGCGCAAAUGUCGAUGUUGAAAUCCGACGGUAUUAAGGUCAUUUCUGAUCGCCGGUUAUCGUCGGCCAGAAGUUUCAAUGAGGUUUUCUUUAAUGGAGGUAGUUUUAACAGUAAUGCUAGGAUUUGGAGUAGUAAGAGUAACAAACGAUGCUUUUUCAAGGACGUUUUCGUUGUAAGAUCUGUUAAGAUCACUGAGCCUGUUUCUACCGUUGAUUCUACUAAUGGCUCUUUAUCCCCUGGUCCUUUUGAGCUGCAGUCAAGUGAUUACCUUAUGAAUCGAUCAAAAACCAUUUCGAAUGCUUGGAGAAAAACUAAAAUAGUUUGUACAAUUGGUCCUUCUACAAGCACUCGUGAAAUGAUAUGGAAACUAGCAGAAGAAGGAAUGAAUGUGGCACGCUUAAAUAUGUCGCAUGGUGAUCAUGCAUCACAUCAGAAAACCAUUGAUUUGGUUAAAGAAUACAAUGCUCAGUUUGAUGACAAGGUUAUCUCUAUAAUGUUGGAUACUAAGGGCCCUGAGGUCAGAAGUGGAGAUGUACCUCGACCUAUCUUACUAGAAGAGGGUCAAGAGUUUAGUUUUACGAUCCAAAGAGGAGUAAGCACACAGGAUACUGUCAGUGUCAAUUAUGAUGACUUUGUAAAUGAUGUAGAGAUUGGAGAUAUACUUCUGGUUGAUGGUGGAAUGAUGUCAUUUGCUGUGAAAUCCAAGACGAAAGACACCGUGAAAUGUGAGGUAAUAGAUGGUGGGGAGCUUAAAUCUAGGAGACAUUUGAAUGUGCGUGGCAAAAGCGCAAAUCUCCCAUCAAUAACGGACAAAGACUGGGAGGACAUCAAGUUUGGGGUUGACAACCAAGUUGAUUUUUAUGCUGUUUCUUUUGUGAAAGAUGCUAAAGUGGUCCACGAGUUGAAAAAUUAUCUCAAAAGUUGCGAUGCAGAUAUUCAUGUUAUAGUGAAAAUUGAAAGUGCAGAUUCCAUACCAAACCUUCAGUCUAUAAUUUCGGCAUCAGAUGGGGCAAUGGUUGCUCGUGGGGAUCUUGGCGCUGAGCUUCCUAUCGAGGAUGUGCCUAUAUUGCAGGAGGAAAUUAUCAAGAGGUGUCACAGCAUGCAGAAACCUGUUAUAGUGGCAACUAAUAUGCUUGAGAGCAUGAUUGAUCAUCCAACACCUACAAGGGCAGAGGUUUCUGAUAUUGCGAUUGCUGUUAGAGAAGGUUCUGAUGCAAUUAUGCUUUCAGGAGAAACUGCUCAUGGAAAAUACCCAUUAAAAGCUGUUAAGGUAAUGCAUUCUGUGGCGCUGAGGAUGGAAUCAAGUCUGAAACCAGCAAAUGAUAGUCCUCCUGUACCAUCUAGCGUAUACAAGAGCCACAUGGGUGUGAUGUUUGCUUUCCAUGCAACUACUAUGGCCAACACUCUUGGCACUCCAGUCAUUGUAUUCACAAAAACUGGAUCAAUGGCUGUUCUCUUAAGCCAUUUUCGUCCGUCUUCAACAAUUUUUGCCUUCACAAAUGAGCAAAGGUUAAAGCAGAGGUUGAGUAUAUAUCAUGGGGUGAUGCCCAUAUAUAUGGACUUUUCCGAUGAUUCGGAGGAAACAUUCUCUCGAGCUUUACAGACAUUAAUGAGCAAGAAACUAUUAAAAGAAGGGCAACAUGUUACUCUGGUCCAAAGUGGAGCACAAUCGAUCUGGCGUGACGAAUCCAGUCAUCACAUACAAGUCCGUAAAGUCCAAGCCUAAUUGUUCAAAAGACAUUUUUCCUUACCUGUUGCUGUAAUUUUGGAGGUACUGGAUUCUAAGCAGAGUGAAGUCCUAUAUCUAAUGAUAGCAAUGUAGUUGUUUUAGCUACUGUAGUUUAUGUAUCCUGCAAUUCUUUUUUUUUCUAUUUUUUUCUUCAUACUUAGGUAUCAAAGGAACUUGUACAUUGCUAAAUUUUUUUAGCUUUAAUUAAUUGCUUAGUUUUGAAUGUCAAGGUAUCACUCUAUUACACGAGCCUAAUUUGGUACUAUAAGUUUCUUUUUAGCUUUCC